GAAAAGGAAGGGAGUUAUAUGGAUGUCACUGGUUCGGGCUUCGGAGCAAAUAGGCAACAUCCAACCCAGCUUUCCAACACUGCGGCUUAUUUUUUGCUUAUAGCUGGUUCCUGAGUUGAGCAGUUUUCCUAAGAUUCCAUGUUACUUACGGUAUGUUUAAGCAAUAAGGUAGACCAUGACUGUCGGAUAUAACUCAGAACAUGUUCAAGUGCUUUAUAAUAACCGUUAUAUUAGCUAACAAUGGGCAAAAAGUUAGGAAUGCCAACCGUCGCUGGGGUCCUAGGGCCUGACGAGCGCCGCUUGGUGCUCCUUGCAGCCCUCGUCCGCAGCAUCGUCUUGCUUGCAACCACAGCAGCCGAUUUGCUGUUUGUCGACUAUGAUACUUCAAAACACAUUACACCUGUCACACUAUCAUCGCUCCGUAAUACGACAUCGGCAGUGUACGGCGACUUAGAAGCUUCGCCAGCAGGUCCGCGGACAGCAUCAGGACCUCAGCAGGGGAUCCUCCAGGGCUGGAUCGUCUGGGAUAGCGUCUUCUUUGCCGACAUCGCUUCUCGGGGCUAUGUGUACGAACAGUACUAUGCCUUCUUCCCGCUCCUGCCAGGAUUAGUUUCCUGGGCUCCUCGAGGCCUAUUCGCCCCUCUGCUGCUGGCGUUGAACGCAGUGGCAUCCAUCACGACCACGGUGCUUUUAUACAGGCUUGGCUCGAGGUUGACUCGCGACUCGCGGCUUGCAGCCCUGGCCUGUCUGUUCUUCAUAUUUAACCCGGCUACCAUCUUCCAAGCGGCUCCGUACACCGAAGCCGCGUUCGCCGCCGCGACCCUAACAGCGCUUUACUGGCUGUACUGCCGUGACCGCUUGCUGCCGGCAAUAGCUGCCGUAGCUGCGUCAUGCGGACUGCGGUCCAACGGGGUCAUCAAUGCGGGCUACCUGGGACACGGCUGCCUCUGUCGUGCGGUGCGGGCGUGGCCUACAAGCAAGCUCCGCGCCGUCCUUCUGGCACUGCAAGGCGUGGCUGCGGCCGUCAUUGCAGUGCUGCCCCUUGUGAAGUUCCAGUACGACGGGUAUACGGUUUUUUGUCGUACGGAAAGUCACCGUACGGCAGAAAUGAUGAUGACGACGACGGAUCUCAGCAAUGAGCAUGGGAAAUCCUCAUUAGACAGCGCGUCACCUGCUUCCCCGUUGGGUGAUGCCAGCAGCUACGCUUGGCCGCGAUCUUGGUGCUCGUCACGACUGCCGUACAUUUACGGAUUCGUACAGGCGCAGUACUGGAACGUCGGGUUUCUACGUUACUGGACGCUGCAGCAGCUCCCCAACUUCCUGCUAGCAGCCCCGGUGCUGCUGCUCUCCAUCGCGGGUCUGGCGGAGUACUGCCGUGCAAACGCCGUACUUGUGGCGAACCUGGGGCUGCUGCAACCAGCGACAACAACAGCCACAACGCCCAUACCUCGCAAGCCCCAAGAAGAAGAAGGCCUGGCCGCCGAUGCGUCACAGGGGCAGGCACGUAACGGGAGCUCAGGGAGCGCAUCGGGAAAAGCGUCCGGAGGAAGGAACAAGGAGGAGAAGCCCUUGGAAACCCUGGAUGAACUGUUGCCUGGGGGCUACAGGGUUGGUGGCGGCUGCAUGGCGACGGGUACUGCCGGAGAAGACAGCCGGGGGGGAAGACAGUUGCGAAAGCGUCCGAUGACGGCUCAAAGCAGCUCCCAGCAGGCUGCAGCGCAAGCAGGUGAAGCUUGCGAGCCACCACGGGGCGGAACCAUGCGAGAAGGACUAGUGCUGCCUGCUACAGCUGCUACAUCCGUCGCAGGCAGCGGCGGCUCUUUGGACGGCAAGAACAGUAACGGUAGCAGCAGCAGCAGCAGCGGACGGGGUGGCUACUUGAGCCCUGACCUGGCGGUGUUUAUGUACCCCUGGGCCUUUUGUACGGCUGUAGCGAUCAGCACCAUGCACGUGCAGGUGGCCACUCGGUUUUUGUUGUCAUCCUGCCCGCAGCUGUAUUGGUACAUGGCGCACCUCUGGCUGCGGUGUGAGGAGGAGCGACGGCGCGGCAGCCGGGGGGCUGCGGCAGGAGGAGGAGUCGCUAGCUCAGGCGGUGCAGCAGCGGGAGGAGGCAGCGGCAUGGUACUAGCGCGCUGUGGGGGCUGCCUGAGUGGCGGCGGGCUGCGUCAUGGCUGGUUGUCUUGGUGCGAUGUGGCGCUGUGGAGGUGGUGUCUGCUGUACCUGGGUCUGGGCUGCUUGCUGUUCAUCAACUUCCUGCCCUGGACGUGAGAUACAUCGGGAGCUGGGUUGUGGGAGGUUAGCAGGUUGACGGAAAGGGGCACCUGUGGAGAUCACAUUUACAGUUACAGUCUGUACGCGUGUACAGUGUGUCCAUACGAGCCAGGGGGGCCAAGGACACUAUAAGAAACAAACUCAGUCUGAGUCAGGGUCCCCUACAGGCCUCCAUUUAGGGGCUCUGCGCAGGUGGUUUCUGAUAGACGUGCGGGUCUCCCAUACGCGGCUCAGGUAGCUAGCCAGAGCCUCGGGAGGGCCAGAGGUCAUGAAGGCAGAGAUUAUGGAAGGCGCAACGGCAGGGCUGCGCCAGGGUGUACGGUUCGGCGGUAAUGUGGGCUCGCUCGGAUAAGCGUUCUGGAUUCGGAGACUGAAAUAAUUGCAAUUUAGAGCAAAUCCUAACAGUAUUCAAGGGAUAUGGGUUUUCAUAUGUAGAGGACCACUCCUGCGACCUCCGCAUGGCCGCAUGCAAGAUAGGCAACCAACGUGCGAGGGCGACUCACGGGGGCAUGCUUUCGAAUUAGUACCGCUAG